AUUUCAAAGAUGGCCGAUGCGUUGUAGAGAGAGCGUGAAGCACCUCUUCCAUUUAUCGCGUUGAUUUAAGCAGCCAGCCUCAAGAGCAACAGUGCUGCGGUUAAAUUUACGACCAGUGACACGCUUCUCUCACUUCCAAGACGUAGUCAGAUUUAAAACAUGGAAGGUGGCAUUGAGGAACCGGGGAACAUCGAUCAAUCUACUAUGUCAAAGCGUCAAAGGAAACGGCUGCAAAAGCGUCAAUUUUUCGUGGAACAUAGGAAAAUUAAGAGAAAGGAAAAGAAGGAGAGGAAGAAGGCAAAAAAGAGGAAACUACAGGAAGAGAAGGAAACAGAGGACGGAAAGGAAGGCGUGAGUUCUGCAAGCGACAAUCUGGCCAACAACAAAGAGAAACUUUCUUUGAAUGCGACAAAGAAGAAAUUUAAGUCGAUGAACUCUGAACAUGCUUCACCUCUUCGUGUCGCUAUAGACCUGAGUUUCGACGAUUUAAUGACUGAUCGCGAUAUUCAUAAACUCUUGAAACAAAUCCAAAGAACUUACUCUAUGAACAGAAGAGCUGAUCGACCUGUUCAGUUGUACCUCACAAGCUUUGGCGGCAGGUCCAAAACAAUACUGGAUGAAAUUCACUGUAAAUUUACGAGUUGGGAUGUUCACAUUAGGGAAGAAAGUUAUGGCGAUGUUUUCUCGCAAGAGGACGUAGUGUAUCUAACUUCAGAUUCACCCAACGUUUUGAGCGAAGUCGAUGAAUCUAAGGCGUACAUUAUCGGUGGCCUUGUUGACCAUAAUUAUCAUAAAGGAUUAUGCUACAGGCUCGCUGUGGAGCGUGGAAUUGCGCAUGCCCGUUUACCGAUUAGUGAGUAUUUAAAAUUGAAUUCCAGGACUGUGAUUACCGUGAAUCACGUGUUUGAGAUUAUGUUGCUGUACUUACAGACGAAGGACUGGAAAGAGUCUCUUGUCCAAAUCAUUCCAGCCAGGAAAAUAGGAGCUACAGAAAAUGAAGGCCACAAGAAAACGGGAAAUGAAGCCCGGAAAGAUGUGAAUGCUGAGGAAGAGACUGAUGAGUCAGUAGAAGGAAAUGGUGAAGAUCCCAAUUUAUAGGACUCAAAGCAGGACUUUCAAUGAUUAGGCCAUGCUCAUUUAAUGUUUUGUUACUCCUAGCCUUUCCUUUUGGGAGACUCGGUCGGCUGAUUGGCCGGUAUGCCGAAAAAUAAUACAAGAAAAGUAAAGAAGUGUUGAUCGAGGAAGCUUGGACUCCGGUACAGCCUGGUCGUGUGCAUUGACCUGUUAAUUUUUUUUGUAACCCAGAAAUUUACGACUUAAAAGAUAAGCUAGAAAAAUACGGUCUACACAAUUCCCAUUCAAAAUAAAGUCUCAA